UUUGCUAAACUGAAAACAUUUUUCCUAUCUUCUUUCCUACAGGUUUGGAUCAAUCAAGGUGAUAUCAUUCUGGUCGGUUUACGAGACUAUCAGGAUUCGAAAGCUGAUGUCAUCUUGAAGUACACACCCGAUGAGGCGAGAAAUUUGAAAACAUAUGGCGAGUUCCCCGAAUCGGUGCGCAUCAAUGACACAGUCACCUUCGUCGAGGAUGGUUUCGAUGAGGAUAUCGAGUUCGGCGAUGAGAUCAGUUCUGAGGACGAUGCUGAUUCAGUAGACAAUAUAUGAUUAACAAGAAAUAAGCGCGAGUCUUCGACCCAACAACAACAAGAAGAAGAACUAAGUAAAAUGAAAAUUUGAAAAGAGUAAAUAAACAAAAAAUGCAAGUACAUAAUGAUAUAUUGAAAAGCAAAGCUAGUUGAACAGAAAAGAAAAAUUGUGAAAUAUUAACAAAAAAAUAAAAAAUAAAAAAAUAAAACCCAAAACAAGAAAGUUAAAAGAAUUAAAAUAAUUGCAAACACAAACACGAAAAAUGUGAGCGUCAGCGACUUUAGAAGCAAACAAUAUCAAGAAAUGGAAGAACAAUAGCAAUGCAAAUAAACCACAUAUUAACGCUGUAAGAAAAAAUUAAGGAUGCCUGGGGUUUUCAUUUCGAAAUAUUGUGAAAUUGAUUCUUUUUAUUUAUCAAGCGGUGUAAUGAGAAACAAGAAAA